AGAGAGAGGACGUGCUGCGCUCGCUCCGUGUCAGGGGUGUGUGAGAGAGAGAGAGCGAGAGCAACUUUUUUGGAAGGUGGCUCCUGCACCUGCCACGCGCGGAACACCUGUACACGUGCUGGCGUCUGAUGGAUAGCUUGGCCUUUUGUGAGUGUGCGAGCGGAGUUAGUGAUCGGCCGCUAUGGAGAGUUUUGAGAGUGAAGUUAAUAAUGGUGCUUGAUUUACUGGGUUGAAAUGGACCGCCUUCGGUUUUGACGCUCGGUGAAAUAAGGAAAGAAAAUUACGUACUCUGUUACAUCGUCUCAGCUCUCCAGAAUAGGAAAGUAUUAUGAUAUAUUCGUUGAUAAAAGGAAAAAAAAACAAAACAAAACUCGAUGAAGAAUUAAAUUAGUAAUCGAACGAUUGGAGGAAUAAUUUUGAAAGAUAAAAAAAACCCUGGACGCAAUCUGAUCCAUUAACGUAAUGUUUAUUUGAAAACACGUGGAUUGCAAACUGUGCAACUUGUUUGUCAGGAAAGAAAGCAACCCUGUCUGGUGGUCAGGUGCUGAUUACAGAAGAGAAGAUGAAGUGAAACUGGCAAGAGGGCAGCCGACUUCCCCUCGUCCUCCCCUCUCUCCCCCCUGAACCUCCCCCCCCCCCAAAAAAAAAAAAACAACACCUCCCUUCGCCUCCCCAAACGCAUUCUAGACUCAUCACCCCCCCUUCCCUUCCCCCUUCGCAGCUCACCUUAUCAACCACCCCCACCUUCAUUUCCCCCCCUCUUCCCCUCCCCUCCCCUCGUUUCCCCUCACACCCAUCGUUUUCCUUCGCGUUUUUUCCCCCUUGGAGAUAAAACCGUCAAAAUGAAGUGUUUCGGAGACAAGACUCGCACUUAUCACUGCAAGGUGGUGCUCCUCGACGAGCAGGAGCUGAUUCAGGAGAUACAGGACACCACCACGGGGCAGGACCUCCUGGACACCGUCUUCAAGCACCUCAACCUCCUCGAGACCGCCUACUUCGGCCUCCGCUACCUCGACCCCACGAACCAGACGCACUGGCUGGACCCGGCCAAGAAAGUGGUGAAACAGCUCAAAGGCACGUCGCCCUUCACGCUGUACUUCAGUGUGAAGUUCUAUGCCGCCGACCCGACCAAGCUGGUGGAGGAAAUCACGAGGUACCAGUUCUUCCUGCAGGUGAAGCAAGACAUCCUGCAGGGUCGUCUUCCCGUCUCGCAGGAGCUGGCGGCGGAACUGGGGUCCUACGCGGUCCAGUCCGAGCUGGGAGACUACGACCCCCGGCGGCACUCCCCCGGCUACGUCUCCGAGUUCCGCUUCAUGACGACGCAGACGGUGGCCCUGGAGAACAAAAUCGCAGAGCUCCACAAAACCCUCGUGGGUCAGGUGCCGUCGAAGGCCGAGAUGUGCUACCUGGAGAAGGUGAAAUGGCUCGACAUGUACGGCGUGGACCUCCACCCUGUGCUGGGCGAGGACAACAUCGAGUACUUCCUCGGCCUGACUCCCUCGGGGGUCAUCGUACUACGGAACAAGGCCAAAGUGGGAAACUACUUCUGGCCGAGGAUCUCCAAGGUGUACUUCCGGGGACGUUUCUUCAUGCUGAGGGUGCGCGACAAGAACAACUCGGAGAACACGUACGGCUUCGAGACGCCGAGCAAGGCUGCGUGCAAGCACCUGUGGCAGUGCUGCGUGGAGCACCAUGCCUUCUUCCGCCUGACGCAAGCUUCCGGAAAUUCGCCCGCAGCCAUUUUCUCGCUGGGAUCCAAGUUCAGGUACAGCGGCAGGACAGAGAAGGAGGCGGCGCAGGAGGCCAAGGUAGGCGCAAGGACCCAGCCCGAGUUCACAAGGAUGCCCAGCAGAAGGUACCAGCGCCGCAUCGUAGAAGGAGCCCAGGAUACCCCGCGAGUGGAGGACGUGGAGAUCAAGCCCGAGACCAGGAACACCGUGCAGCUGCCGACGCCUGUGACCUCGGUGUCCCACAUGUACAGGAGCGCCUCUUUGACGCUGGCACCCCGCAGCGACUCCCCGCGCAGCACCCGCUCCGCCCCGUACCCCGCCGGCGUGGCUGCGUCAGGAGGCGGCGGCAGCGUCCUCAACAGGUCCUCGCGCGGAGAGUCGCCCCGCUCGGUCCGGUCCGCCGCGCCCGCCACCGACUCGCACUCCUACAGGGUCUCCCGCCGCACCUCCAGCGUCGACAGCCAGUCGUCCGUCGACUCGAGGGGACAUCGCAGGCACCGCAGGAGCCGCGGCAGGUCCUCUGAUGGAGAGAGCGAGGCCAGCAGUAAGUGCUCGUCGCGAGGGCACCGCCGCCACCGCCACCGUCACCAUUCCGACGAUUCCGAUCACCACCGCCACCGCCACCGCCGUCGCCGCCACAAGUCCGGUGGAGGCAUGGUCAACGACGCCCAGUGGGUGCAGGCUCAGGCCAGCCAGGGCCAGGUCAGAGGCAACACCGCCACCGUGCGAGACCUGACCCACAAGAGCGGCUACCAGCCCUCUGGCCACGACACCGAGGCCGACUCGCACCACCACCAACACUCCAACAAGAAGCGCCACAGGAAGCACAGGUCACGAUCUAGGUCACCCUCGGAGGCCAAAAACAGCCGGUUGCCAGACGAGCUGCGGCGACACCUCGAGUUCGAGAUGCAAGGGACUCAGGGGCUUACGGAGGCGGAGCUGAAGGAGAUCCCCUACACCAAGGUGGAGACGGCAAAGACGAUCAAGAUCAAGUACACUUCGCCCAAGACCAAGAGGCACAAGAGUCCCAGACGUUCCAAGAGCAAUUCCAGUGACAGGAAGGCCACUCCUCCUGCCGACGGGGAAUCCCCUCCCCCUCCUUAUACUCCUUCGCCAACGACGAAGACAAACACCUUGCCGAAGGUCACAAAGGAGAAUGGCGGCGAUGGAGGGCCUGGCGUCAGGAACCCCGAAGGAGGGAUGGUGAACGGCACGCUCCGCCCCCCUGGACCAAGGUCCGUGCAGGCCCCCACAGUGUCCACCUCCCUGAUCAAGAGCCCCGAGAGCGGCAGCACCCGCGGCUCAACCACGGACUCCCCCAGCCAGCGCCGAGGCCACGCCGACUCCACCAAAACCCUGCGCUCGGUCAAGACUGCGACCUCCAACACGACCGGCUCCUCUACUCCUGGUUAUGGAUAUAGCAGUUCCCAUAAACCUGUCAUGGUGAACGGACCCAGCGUGAAGGCCCUGGUCACCAGCAGCGCCAACACAGCCUCGCCAACACUCCGUCGGGAGGCCGCAACACCUGAGCCUCCUGCCUUCCUGGACGACGCCGGCGGGGGCUUCGUGUCCGGCAACGGCUAUGUUCCGACGUCUGCUGCAAUCUUGAAAAAUGGUGUCAAUGACAGAGGCUCUCAUUUUACUGCUGUUUUAAAACCUCAGCCGAGUCCUCAGUCUUCGGUGACAUCAGGCAUCAGCGUUGGUAGCUCCAGUACAUCAACAGCGGUAAUGAGUGACACAAAUGGCUACAUCAACUCCUUUGACCAGGGAUCAGUCAAGAUCAAUGGGUCCCACAAUGGCGGCUCAUACAUGGAUAGCAUGCACAUAAAUGGCAGUGGGAACAAGACAUGCCUCCCACUCAAUGGCUACUCUACAAAGGGCAGUGGGAUUAUUGGACCUCUGUCCAGUGAAUUUAUUCCAAUAACCAACAACAAGAUCAGCAGCCAGAUGAAUAAUGGAAAUAAAGGCCAUCAUCAGCUGAGCAGCUUCCAGAAUGGCCGCACAAAUGCCUUUGACCAAGAAUAUAUUAGUGGAUGUGUGUUGAAUGGUCAUAUGAAGGACAGUGGAAACAGCACUGGGAACUUCAGAACCUUUGGUAAUGGCCAUCUAAAUGGGUUUUCAAAGGUUUCUCUCAAUGGUCAUGUGAAGGACCAUUCCAGUGACUGCUACGAGGUGGAAAGUAGCAGCAGUAAUAACAGUAAGAAUGUAAUGUUCAAGUCUGAUAAAUCACUGUUGAGGAACAACAAAAAUGUUGAUACAAAGGUUAGUGGAAACAGUGAGAGCGAUAACAGUGGCAGUGAUGUAGCAAAGGGUAAAGCCAAGAAAGGUGAAGCAGGUGAUGAAAUUAGCACUGAACUGUGAUAGUUGUGUGUUGUUCUGUGUGUAUAUAGAGUUUAUAUUUUGUUACUGAUUUUAUGAGCUGUAAAUGCCUUGUUGUAAGUGCCAAAUGUUGAAAUGAAAUUUGAGAGUUAAUUUAACAUAGAUAAGGAUAAUAGCAUUAAAAAAAAAAACAUUUCUACAAAGUAAUGUAAUGUACGUACAUAGAUCUUUUAGUUGGGGAUGUACAGAAGGCAACUUGUAAAUAUGGUAAACUCAAGUAAAGAUUAAAGUUAAGAUUUGGUCAGGUAAGGCAAAAAUAUUUCAAAUCAGCAUAUAUUCAUAUAUAUAUGCAUAUGUAUAGGUAUAUAUUUAUAUAUGUAUAUAUAUGUAUAUAUAUUUAUUGAUAUGUGUGCCCUAAAGAGGUUUAUGUAUGUAUGACAAAAAAAAAAAAGUAAACAUUAUUCAGUUAUUGCUUCUCAUGGCAGUGGUUUGCUAGGAUCUCUAAGCAGUCGGCUCUCAUGGAACGUUAGUGACAGCUUAGUCUUAGCUUUUCUCAUGUUCUAACCCAUCUCCAUAGCCAGACCUGACCAACUUUUCAUCAUUUCUGAUCUCAAGAACUCCCAGAAACCCAAAGUUCUCUCCUUUCCCCUUGCGAGGGAAGGUUGAUGUAGAGAAACAAUCACUAAUUAUGAAGUAAGUUUAAUGCAAGAGGACUAGGAUGUAUAACAGUAAAUGUGAUGGUGGUGUUAUGUAAAUAUAGUAGGCUAUCGCGCUACCUCGUGUUUGAAAUUUUGUUCACAUUCAUUGUAGCUUUUAAAGUCUAGUUUAUUCGUGACUUAGAACUUUAUUAUGCUUCUUUGCUAUCAUAUAUGUAAGUAAAAUUAGUUUUCUGCCUCUUUACAGUCUAACCCCUACUUAUUAUAAAAGCUCAUUGGCUUUACUAUUAAAUGUUGCAAAUGAUGCAUCAUCAUUGAUCAUUGCGAGUAGCAGCGAGAGUCAUGUAUAUUCAAAUAAACUACACAAGCGGGACAUGUUUCUUGGAUCUUGCACUUGUAAAUAUGCUAUAUAACCUGCACUCUUUAUAUCAAAAUUUGUAGGUAGUUGUUCAGUUGAAAACUGAUUUUUUUGUCACUGGUUGCAGCACCAAUAUGUGUCCAGUAAUAUGUACAACAUAUUUUUUUUCUAUCUCUCUCUCUCUCUCUUCUUUAUAAGUAACUUUAUACUAACAUUUUAUCAUGUGGCUGUGGAGUUCAUGUAAUAAGUAAUUUUGUGAGCCUUAGCAGGCAUCAUAAAAGCAAAUUUAAACAAAAUUGGAAAAAAAAAAUCAUAUUGUUUUCUCCUGUUAUAAACAGCUGCACCAUGCCUGUAGCAUAGAAAUAAACACUACCUAUGUUA